CAUUUCCCUUUCCUCACCCCUUGAUCCGCGCUUCAACCCGGAAUUGUUUCCACCAUGAAGUACUCUAAGCUUCUGCUGCUCCUGGCCAGCGUCGCACAUGCCCUUGAUGUGCCUCGGAAACCACACGCGCCUACAGGAGGAGGCAGCAAGCGUCUCACUUUUAAUGAGACCGUAAUUAAGCAAGCAAUUGCCCCGAGCUCACGCUCGGUGCAAUGGAUCGCCGGCGUAAAGGAUGGGUCGUACGUCUAUGCGGCUGAAGAUGGUGGUCUCAGCAUCGAGAACAUCGCCACCAAUGAGUCGCGCACAUUCGUCCCUGCGGACAAAGUUCCUGCAGGAGGUGCGACGUCCGGGUAUUGGAUCAACCCGGACUUGUCGUCGGUGUUGUGGGCGUCGAACUAUACCAAGCAAUAUCGGCAUUCGUUCUUUGCCGAUUACUACGUCCAGGAUGUCGCGUCAUCCAAGUCCGUCCCCCUAGUGCCCGAUCAGGAAGGUGAUAUUCAGGAUGCCCGGUGGAGUCCGAAAGGCGAUACAAUCUCCUUUGUGCGCGGCAACGAUCUUUUCCUCUGGGAAAAUGGCACCGUUACUCGGAUUACUGAUGAUGGUGGCCCGGACAUGUUCCAUGGCGUACCGGACUGGAUCUACGAAGAAGAGAUUCUGGGCGAUCGCUUCGCGCAGUGGUUCUCGCCGGACGGUGAAUAUUUGGCCUUUUUGAGCUUCAAUGAGACUGGUGUCCCGACCUACACUAUUCCGUACUACAUGAACGGUCAAGCGAUUGCUCCGCCGUAUCCGCGGGAGCUUAAGCUGCGGUAUCCCAAGGUAUCGCAGACAAAUCCGACCGUGACAUUGAAUCUCCUCAACAUCGCUAGCAAGAAGGUGACUCGGGCUCCGAUCGACGCGUUCGAACCGAGCGACUUGAUCAUCGGGGAGGUGGCGUGGCUCACUGAUACUCACACCACCGUUGCUGCCAAGGCGUUCAACCGUGUCCAGGAUGAACAGAAGGUAGUUGCAGUCGAUACUGCCUCGAACAAGGCUACAGUCAUCAACGAGCGAGAUGGAACAGACGGAUGGAUCGAUAACUUGAUCUCGAUAGCUUAUAUCGGCUCUAUCGAGUCAUCUGACAAGACGGAUUACUACAUCGAUAUCUCUGAUCACUCGGGAUGGGCGCAUCUGUAUCUUUUCCCUGUUUCGGGCGGCGAUGCUAUCCCUCUGACCGAAGGCGAAUGGGAAGUCACGACCAUCCUUAGUAUUGACAGGGAACGCCAGUUGGUGUACUACCUGUCGACCCAGCAUCACAGCACCGAGCGUCAUCUAUACUCCGUGUCAUAUUCUUCGUUCGAAGUUAUCCCGCUGGUCGACGACACCGUUGCUGCGUACUGGUCCGCUUCCUUCUCUGCGAGCUCAGGAUACUACAUCCUCUCGUACCUCGGACCAGAUGUGCCUUACCAAGAACUUUAUUCCACCAACAGUACCAAACCAAUUCGCACAAUCACCGAGAACGCCAAGGUAAUCGAGAAGAUCAAGGAAUACGCCUUGCCAAACAUUACCUACUUCGAACUCGACCUUCCCUCUGGAGAGACACUCAACGUGAUGCAGCGACUACCCCCCGAUUUCUCCGAGGACAAGAAGUAUCCCAUUCUUUUCACCCCGUACGGUGGCCCAGGAGCCCAGGAAGUAUCCAAGAAAUGGCAAUCCCUGAACUUCAAGUCCUACGUUGCCUCUGAUGAGGAAUUAGAAUACGUAACCUGGACCGUCGACAACCGGGGCACCGGUUUCAAGGGCCGCAAGUUCCGCUCCGCCGUCACCCGACAGCUCGGCCUCCUCGAAGCAGAAGACCAGAUCUACGCGGCACAGCAAGCCGCUGACCUUCCCUGGAUCGAUGCAGACCACAUCGGUAUCUGGGGGUGGAGCUUCGGCGGCUACCUGACCAGCAAAGUUCUGGAGAAGGACAGCGACGCGUUCACCCUGGGUGUCAUCACCGCUCCUGUCUCUGACUGGCGCUUCUAUGACUCCAUGUACACAGAGCGUUACAUGAAGACCCUCUCGACGAACGAAGCAGGGUACAAUACGAGCGCGGUCCGGAAGACGGACGGUUUCAAGAAUGUAGAAGGUGGAUUCUUGAUCCAGCACGGCACGGGUGAUGAUAACGUUCACUUCCAGAACUCGGCUGCCUUGGUGGAUCUCCUAAUGGGUGCUGGUGUCUCGCCGUACAAGUUGGACUCUCAAUGGUUUACGGACUCGGAUCAUGGCAUUAGCUACCACGGCGGAAGUGUGUUUUUGUAUAAGGAGCUGGCGAGAAAGCUGUAUGAUGAGAAGAACCGGCAAACGGAGGUGUUGCUGCACCAGUGGACUAAGAAGGACUUGAAGGAGUAACUGUUGCAUUUUUGCGGUUUACUUUCCAUAUACUGCGUAUGUACUUUUGAGGUGACGGCUAGAGCUAGGCAACGUACAAGAGGUUACAGAUCAGGUUCACAUUUCACUAUAGAUGGAGUCUCCCCGGGGAUAGCGAACUUCAACAAACAGUGACACUAGUGGUUUGUUUGAGAUAUACUGGGCAAUGAACUGUCUAUCUUAAUCAUCAAGGUUAGCUUGAUAUAAUCCAAUAUUCGAACAUAGCAGAUACCCGAUGCGAUGCCCAACCGGCCCCCUUUCCUAGAAUAUAGGACUACAUAU